ACUAGAAAAUAUAGAAAAUAAACCAGAAUUUAAAAGAUAGUUUUUGUAACUACCGUAUAUAUAUAUUUUUUAGGUUACAUCACUAAUAUACGUUUCGUAUCUAGUAUCAUUUUUACCAGUUUAAAAUAUCACCCAUUUUUCAAAUAAUUUAGCUGAGAUUAGCUGGGUUAUAGUAAGACAUUAAUCAACACCGUUUCUAUCUCCUGUGGUUCUAUGGUGUAGCUGCUGUAUUGUUUUGGUUGAUACGUCCCUGCUACAGCUUCGGAUCACUUUUUACCAAGUGAUGGAUGAGCAGACGGGCUCUCCUGCAGCCAACACUGACAACAGCAGCCAGAGAAAUGGCGAUGAGAAGCCUCGGCGUGGCAGCUGGACCAAAGGGAGGAAGAGGAAGAAGCCUAUGAAGGACAGCAACGCACCUAAAGCUCCCCUGACGGGCUACGUUCGCUUCAUGAACGACAGGCGGGAGCAGCUGCGGGCGGAGCGUCCCGACGUGCCCUUCCCAGAGAUCACCAGGAUGCUGGGCAAUGAGUGGAGCAAGCUGCCCCCGGAGGAGAAGCAGCGAUAUUUGGAUGAAGCGGAGCGGGAUAAGGAGCGCUACAUGCGAGAGCUGGAGAAGUACCAGAAAACGGAGGCCUACAAACAUUUCACCAGGAAGGUCCAGGAGAAGCAGAAGGGCAAGAGGCACAGGGGAGAUGUUGGGCACCAAGUCGCCAGUGAGGCUCUUCAUGAGAAAGACGCAGAGGGAAAGGACAGGACUGUGUUUGACAUACCAAUCUUCACAGAAGAGUUUCUCAACCACAGCAAAGCACGAGAAGCUGAGAUGCGCCAGCUGCGCAAGACCAACAUGGAGUACGAGGAGCGCAACGCAGCCUUGCAGAAGCACGUGGAGAGCAUGCGAGGGGCGGUGGAGCGGCUGGAGGGCGACGUGAUGCAAGAGAGAGAACGCAACGGGCUCCUGCAUCAGCACCUGGAGACUCUGCGCCAGGCGCUCACCUCCAGCUUCUCAUCGGUUCCUCUGCCAGGUGAGACUUUAAGCACCCUGCAGAGAGUUUAUGACCUUUUCUCAUUUUGUCUGUGUAUUUUAUCAGAAUCAUUUAUAAGGGUCCCAUGAAAUCCAUUUAGUUUU